AUGAGCAGUAUUCGCAGGAUAGUCAAUGGGGCCGAAAGCCGCAGCGUGGCUUAUGCAAGUGACCACAGCCACUGGAAUGCGGCUAAUCCUGGCUUGGACACCCCAGCCACCACGGUUUUGGGGGUCCACGGGGAAACGAGCCACAGCCCCUUGAGUCCCGGAUUCUUGCGGGAGGAGCAGCAAUAA